AUGUUCGGACUAGCGGUUCUCACUGUCAGCACCUCGGGAUACUAUGGCCAGCGCGAGGACACCAGCGGCGACAAGAUCAAGGAGUUGCUGCCCCCGCCGGACUAUGAACUCGUGCGUUACGAGGUAGUCUCCGACGACAAAGACAUGAUCGCCCAGCGCAUGGCCGAGUGGGCCGAUGCUCCCGACGUCAACUUUAUCGUCAGCACCGGCGGCACCGGUCUGGGACCACGGGACGUAACGCCCGAAGCCUGCCUCUCCAUCAUCGAGCGCGAGGUGCCCGGAAUGGCGGAGACCAUGCGGGCCGAAACCCUCAAGUUCACCCCCAUGGCCAUGCUCAGCCGCUCGGUGGCCGGCAUCCGCGGCAAGACCCUGAUUCUCACCCUCCCGGGCAGCCCCAAAGGCGUGGCCGAAACCCUGGAAGUGGUUAUGCCGGUCCUACCCCACGCCCUGGAACUCCUGCGCCGCGAGUCGGUACAGGAACACCCGGUUUAA